AUGAAAAUGAGGGUCUCCAGCUCUCCCCAGCCUCCGCAAUUGCAAAAUGGCUCCUUGGGCCCUGACCUUAACCUGCAGGUUCAUUGCCAGGGGCCCUGGCGGGAGCUGUUAGGCAGCGACCGCCCGGCCGGUCCUCCAGCUGCAGCUGCCUGUCAUUCCUUGCAGGUGGUGAACGUUAUUGGGAUUUCAGUCGGAACUGGCUUGGCCUCGGCUUGUGACACGCUGAUGUCUCAGUCCUUCGGAGGCAAGAACCUAAAACGCGUGGGGAUCAUACUCCAAAGAGGAAUCCUCAUCUUGAUGCUGUGUUGCUUUCCUUGCUGGGCCGUCUUCAUCAAUACGGAGCGUAUCCUCCUGCUCUUAAAACAAGACCCCGAAGUCUCCAGGGUAGCCCAGAUUUAUGUGAUGAUUUUCAUUCCUGCUCUUCCUGCAGCGUUCCUGUUCCAGCUGCAGACAAGAUAUUUACAAAGUCAGGGCAUCAUCAUGCCUCAAGUGAUCACUGGGGUUGCAGCAAACGUGAUCAAUGUGGGCAUGAACGCCCUCCUGCUCUACGCCCUGGACCUCGGAGUGGUAGGAUCUGCCUGGGCAAACACCACUUCCCAGUUCCUCCUGUCUGCUCUCCUUCUCCUGUACAUGUGGUGGAAAAAAAUCCACGUCGAUACCUGGGGAGGGUGGACUUGGGACUGUUUCCAAGAAUGGGGCUCCUACAUCCAGCUGGCUGUCCCCAGUAUGUUCAUGGUGUGCAUUGAGUGGUGGACCUUUGAGAUCGGAACCUUCCUUGCAGGACUGAUUAGCGUGACAGAGCUCGGGGCCCAGGCCAUCAUUUACGAACUGGCCUCUGUAGCCUACAUGGUGCCCCUUGGCUUUGGUGUGGCGGCCAGUGUCCGAGUGGGCAAUGCUCUGGGGGCAGGGAAUGCCGAGCAGGCUCGGGACUCCAGCAUCACCGUUCUCCUGUGUGCGGGUGUCUGCGCUCUCGUAGUGGGCAUCGUACUCUCAGCGAUGAAGGAUGUGAUUGCCUAUGUGUUUACCAGUGGCAAAGAUAUUAUUUACCUUGUGAGCCAAGUGAUGCCUAUUUUUGCUCCCUUUCAUCUAUUUGAUGCCCUUGCAGGCACCUGUGGUGGAAUCCUGCGAGGUACAGGAAAACAAAAGAUCGGUGCUAUCAUGAACGCCAUCGGUUAUUACGUGUUUGGUUUUCCCAUUGGAGUAUCUCUGAUGUUUGCUGCAAAACUUGGGAUAAUAGGUCUCUGGUCUGGAUUGAUAGUCUGUGUCUUCUUUCAAGCCCUGUUCUACCUGGUGCUCGUCUGGAGGACAGACUGGGAGAGAGUUGCGGAGCAGGCACAGGUUCGAGCUGGCGUGAAAGGGAUCAAAGAGGCCACGCCUGCACCAACAGAUCUGCCUGUGUUGGAAAAAGAAGUCACCGAUGAAGUGAUUUUACCUGCUAUCGUCAGAUCCGAGAGCCAGACCCUCCAGCUAAUGGUGAUAGAAGAAAACAAUCAGUAUGCGGUGGCCACCGUUGGGGAUGUUUUGACAGUGAAGCAGCUGAUUUUCUAUCGUGGAAUGGCUCUAGCUGUUGCUGUUGCUGCCCUCUUAGCAGGAAUUUUAAUAAGAGUUUUUCAGUGAGCCUGGCUAAAAUAGAAGAAUUAGCAGCAGCCCACACACUAGACAUGGUAAUUAUUGUGAUAUCUGAAGCCCGGGAGGUGACCUCCCAGUUGUGGAUGGAAAGGAUAUCAGUGAUGUUUUCUGAGUUAUCCCGAGAAUCUGCACUAUCCUGUUGAAGAUCACGAAAGGAGUUCUAAGUUUCUCCUGAACAUUAACUCUAUCAUGGGUGAUGAGUCUGUGGAUUUGAUAUUCCCUGCCCUAAGUGUUCUGUACUCUGACAUUGAAUAUCUUCUUUCUUUUGGGAAAUUCGUUGCCCUCUAAACUUGAUUGCUGAUCCAGUUUUGUUUGUAUUUCUAGGUUAUCGUAUUUAAUCUUGUUAGUGAGUGUUAAGUGCCUGUUCAAGUGCUGUCUCAGGUAUUGCCGUAUAAACUUUUAUAAAAUAAACACCUUAAAAUUGAAAA